AUGGCUCCUAUCGAACAAUCGUCAUCAUCAUCAGCAACGAUUGGGGGGGGGGAAGAGAGCGGCUAUCGUGGGGGGGGGGAGACGGCCGGCGAAUGGCUGAUCGACGAUGGGAGGGGGGAAGACGGCGACUGGAACCGGCGAUGGGAGGGGGAAGUCGUCACAACACCGUCGCGCCCUUGCCGAUCGGUGUUGAUUCUAGUUGCAUCACUGGUGGAGGCGACCGGCGAUGGAGACGGUGGAGAAGACAACCGGCGAAGCUGUGGAAUGAGACGUGAAGGCGACGUGAACUCGGUGAAGGAGACGGCUGGAAGGAGAGGAGAUGGGGGGAAGGGACGAGGAGAACGUGAAGGAUCUCUCAGGCAGAAAGCGCGUCUCAGAUGGGUUGUGGACGGGGAGGAAAAUUCGAGUUUUUUUCAUGGGAUCGUCAAUUCUAACAAAAGGAGCAACUUCAUUCACGGCAUUUCCUCUAAUGGGGUAUGGGUCACGGAUCCUUCUGAAAUCAAACAAGUGGCCUUCAACUUCUUCUCGGAGAGGUUUCGAUCCAGGUCUGUCAUUCGGCCCCCUUUUUUAUGCAAUAAUUUUAAAAAAUUAUCUCCGAAUCAGGUGAGCUAUCUCGAAUCUAGCAUCUCCAUGGAGGAAGUCAGGAAAGCUAUUUGGGACUGUGGACCUGAUAAGGCCCCUGGGCCUGACGGAUUCACGUUUGAGUUCCUUCGAUCUCAAUGGGAUGUCAUCAAGGAUGACUUGKACCGCGCCAUCAAAUACUUUGAGUCUACUGCCUCUAUUGAYGAUAGUUGCAAUGCCUCAUUCAUCUCGCUUAUUCCCAAAUCUGAAUCUYCGUGCUCUUUUUCGGAUUACCGGCCMAUCAGUCUGAUAAACUGUUUUUACAAAAUUGUUGCUAAGAUCUUGGCGUCUCGUCUGAGCUUGGUCAUCGACUCGGUCGUAGGGCAUGAGCAAUCUGCCUUCAUCAAGGGAAGAAAUAUUUUAGAYGGACCCAUUAUCGUCAGCGAGGUAAAUAUGCAGAAGAGUAAUAUCAUGGGUGUGGGGGCUGAUUACGAGGAAGUGGUAUCUAUCGCUAGUAGACUUCAUUGCAGACCUGGGCUUUUGCCUUUUACGUACCUUGGUCUGCCGAUUGGUGGACGCUCCAACAAAGCUGAAUCUUGGGCACCUUUAAUUGAAAAAUUUAACAAAAAAUUAUCAGCUUGGAAAUCCAAAAUUCUCUCUUAUGGUGGCCGGCUUGUCUUGAUCAAAUCCGUCUUAGGAAGUCUGGGUUUGCAUUAUCUCUCGCUUCUUAAGGCUCCUACCUCGAUCAUCAACAAACUAGAAUCUAUUCGCUCGAGGUUCUUUUGGGGCGAUAAAGGAGGAGUGAGAAAGAUUUCUUGGAUCAGUUGGAGUACUACGUUGGCGGAUAAAGAUGYUGGCGGUYUGGGGAUCGGUAGUCUUAGAGCCCUCAAUCUGGCGCUUCUCGCUCGGUGGUGGUGGCGAUUCAAAUUGGAGCAYAAUCACAUUUGGAGACGGGUUAUCAUUGCUCUCCAUGGUGAUGAUGGCGGCAUGAACAACUUGGUCAGAAAUGGYAGAUUUCCGGGACUCUGGAGGAACAUUUUAAAAAUCCACAAGGAAUACAAUAGCCUCAAUCUUCCUUUUGCGGACUGGUUUCAAAGAGAUCAAAGCUCUAACGGGAUCAAUAUCUCUUGGCGAUGGGCUCUGACUUCUCACGGUAACUUCUCGGUCUCUUCGAUGAGAGCUGCGUAUGAUGCUAAUUCGCUUCUCCAGGUUAGUUUCAGAAAUUCUUGGUGGGUCACUUGGGUUCCCUCUAAAAUUAAUAUUCUAGCUUGGCGUCUUCUUCACAAAAGGCUUCCGACUAAAAUUAAUCUUGCUAAAAGAGGAGUGGUUUGUCUCUCCUCCCUUUGCCCUCUGUGCGAUUGUGUGGAAGAAGACGAGGAACAUCUUUUCAUAGGACGCUCGAUAUCUCGGCAAUUGCUUAAGGAUUUGUGCAAAUGGUGGAAAGUGGACAUUGGACAGGUGAAUUCUAUUGAUAAUCUUCUUGACCGUAGCGCGGAGGUGGCUGGGAAUUUUUCGUGUAAGAAGGCGUUUAUUGGAGUGGUGUAUGGAUUCUUCUGGAUUAUUUGGAACUUGCGCAACCGCAAAACUUUCUAUGUUCCUUCUCAGACGACGGCUACUUUUCUUGCGGGCCAGCUUCAGGCGUAUUCUUUUUUCUGGUUUAAAAACAGGGUGCCGAAAGUUGUUAUGGCGACUAGUUGGAUAGAGUGGUGUAAUUCUCUCAUGUCUUGUUUUUAA